UCUUUUUAACUCGCGUCCAAACAAAGGGGAGCCGGACCAGCCAGCAGCGGCGCGCCGCGUCCCCUUUAAGACCGCGUCGGGAUAAUGAGUGACGUCGGGCUGUAAACACGGCUGACGCUCGGCUGCGUGGUCCGAGCAUCCUCCUCAGACCCCGGAGCCCGACGCCUCUCACGGUUCCCGUGUUUGUAUCUCUUCGAGAGGGGGGAGCCACGGAAGCAGUCGCACUCCCACCCCCUCGACUCUCAUAUGCGGUGUCCAACACCAGGCCGACGGUGGUGCAUCGACCCUUGUGAGUGCCAUGGCUCGAAAGACGGACGUCCCCUCCUCGUACUACGGUGAGCCGCGCAAGUUUGACCCAAACUUCAGAGGGCCUGUUCAUAAAAGGAGCUGCACUGAUGUGGUUUGCUGUGUUAUCUUCGUCAUUGUCAUCCUCGGCUACAUCGCUCUGGGCACCGUGGCCUGGAUCCAUGGUGACCCCAGGAAGGUCGUCUAUCCAACCGACAGCCACGGUCAGUUCUGUGGCCAGAAGAACACGGCCAAUGCAAACAAAGCCAUAUUAUUCUACUUCAACAUGUUGAAAUGUGCCAAUCCUACAGUUUUAAUUAACCUACAGUGCCCUACAACCCAGCUCUGUGUCUCCAAGUGCCCUGACAGAUUUGCCACUCUCCUGGAUGCGUGGAAUACCAAAAACUGGGAAUAUUACAAGCAAUUCUGCAAGCCGGGCUUCAAGAUUGGAAGUAAGUCAGCUGUAGAAGUCAUACGAGAUGAAGACUGCCCAUCUAUGAUUGUGCCAAGCAGAUCUUUCCUUCAGCGGUGCUUCCCCGAUUUCAUUACAAAAAAUGGAAUUUUAACUGUAGCCAAUCAGACCAUCUUCAAAGACGGCGACAACAACAAAAGAAGUGUCAGCGACCUCAAAGAUGCCGCCAAGGCUACCAACUCUGCACCCAAAGAGUUCGGGACAGAUAUUACGGGAGGAAUCGCCAGUCUGCUCAGUGCCAAAGAAGUUGGCAUGAAGAUCGUUGAGGAUUAUGCAAAUUCCUGGUACUGGAUCCUCAUUGGUCUGGUGAUAACCAUGGUGGUCAGUCUGCUCUUCAUCCUGCUGCUGCGCUACACUGCCUGUGUGCUCCUGUGGCUCAUUGUGUUUGGCGUCAUCACUGCUGUCGGUUACGGCAUCUGGCACUGCUACUGGGAGUACAGCGCUCUGAGCGGGAAGCCGGGCGCCAACGUCACCAUCUCUGAUAUCGGCUUUCACACCGACUUCAGCGUUUACCUUCAUCUCAGACAGACGUGGCUCAUCUUCAUGAUCGCACUGUCAGUGAUCGAGGCCGUCGUUGUGAUCAUGCUGAUAUUUCUGAGGACGAGGCUGCGGAUCGCAGUUGCAUUACUGAAGGAGGGAAGCAAGGCCAUUAGCUACAUCAUGUCCACUCUCCUCUACCCUAUCAUCACCUUCUUCCUUCUGGCCAUCUGCAUCGCCUACUGGGCCGUGACAGCGGUCUUCUUAUCUUCCUCUGGACAUGCAGUCUAUAAGGUCACACCUAUUGACGAUAAAUGCAUGUAUGCCAACCUCACAUGCAAUCCAAAGACCUUCAAUCAGACCAACAUCACCAAAGUGUGCCCUGGGUCACAAUGCAUGUUCGCCUUCUAUGGCGGGGAGAGCGUAUACCACCGCUACAUCUUGGUCCUCCACCUGUGUAACCUGUUUGUGUUCCUCUGGCUGGUCAACUUCACCAUCGCCUUGGGCCAGUGCACCCUGGCCGGGGCCUUCGCUUCCUAUUACUGGGCCCUAAAGAAGCCAAGCGACAUCCCCGCCUGCCCCCUCUACUCCUCAUUUAGCAGAGCCAUACGUUAUCACACAGGUUCUCUCGCAUUUGGCUCUCUGAUCGUUGCCGUGGUGCAGAUGGUCCGAGUUGUUCUUGAGUAUCUGGAUCACAAACUGAAAGGUUCUCACAACGCCUGUGCUCGAUGCCUGCUCUGCUGCCUCAAAUGCUGCUUCUGGUGCCUGGAACAUUUCAUUAAGUUCAUAAACCGAAAUGCGUACAUUAUGAUGGCAAUAUAUGGGAAGAACUUCUGCACCUCUUCCAAGGACGCGUUCUUCCUUUUGAUGAGGAAUGUUAUCCGGGUGGCUGUCCUGGACAAGGUGACGGACUUUUUGCUCUUCUUGGGAAAGCUGCUCAUUACGGGAGGUGUUGGUGUUCUCGCAUUUUUCUUCUUCACACAUAAAAUACCUGCCUUUCAAGAAGAGGUGCCAUCCCUAAAUUACUACUGGGUGCCCGUUCUGACGGUGAUAUUUGGAUCUUACAUGAUUGCACAUGGCUUUUUUAAUGUCUAUGCCAUGUGCGUGGACACGUUGUUCCUGUGCUUUUUGUGGGACCUGGAGGUGAAUGACGGCUCUCCUGCUCGGCCCUUCUACAUGAACAAAACCUUGAAGAGCAUCCUCAACAAGAAGAACAGCCAGAAAUAGAAACAAGAAGAAAGGUGAGGGAAGGAGGAAGACUGGAGCUUAUUUACCACAGCGUGGUACAAGCCUUAACCAUUUUGCCAAAUGUAAUUUAAGUGUGCACUAUCUGACACAAGUGUAGACAUGUUGCUCUAACAAUUUAAACAACCACAAUGUAUGGAUGUGGUAGUUCUUUGGUAUUUAUAGCUCACUCCGGGAGUAAGCUAUAAAAAAAAAUCUUUGUAUUGAAAGGUGUACAAAGUUUUUUUUUUAAAUAUUGCUAAAGUGGGAUUUGUGGCAAACUUUUUACACAGUCGUUUAGAUGUAAACACAGCCACAGUCCUACUAUACAGUAAGUUCCUAUGGGAACAAUCGAUGUCUUUGUUUAUUGAGGUUAUGGUGAACCUCAGCUGUUUUUGUUCUCGAUCUCUUGUAGUUGCUAGUUUUCACCACUUGAUGGUGCCAGUUAUUACCAGACCUCUUCUGUUUGUUUGUUUUUCGUGAAAUAGUCUGAUGUCAGCUCAUCUGUGGAUUUUUAGCACAGUUUUCUGAGCCAAAAUGUCUCACAUUGAGAAAAAUGUCCACUGUUUUCAUAUUUAACAAAUUGGAUUAAAACUGCAGAUGUCGCUGUGACAGACACACAAUACACCCACCCACUACUGUGUAGCGCGGUGUAAAAAUCCUGGGUUUGUUCUCAGAAGCCAAGCAGCAAAAAUCACAGACCCUGUUACAUACUUUUCUUUGAUUUCUAACCUGCUGCCGACAUGGGCGAUGAAUGAAAUUGAUUGGCAUUGCUCUUGUGAUACUCCCCCCAAAAAUGUAUAUCAUUAGUUUUGGAGAUUCGCCUGCUGUGGGUUUGAAAGGUGGCUAUCGAUUUUGGUAGUUGUAGUUCCCUUCAACGGUCAGCUUGAAAUUGAUGUUAAGUUCAAUGAACCCUAAUUCCAGCAAUUGUCAAAAUGAUCACAUCAUACCGAACUUCUGCUUCAGCAGCUUCAACUCUACACAGGGUCAGUCUCUGUAUUUUGGGUAGAGUAUCCUCUAAUUUGGACAAUUAUUAAACAAAAUACACGACCUAACAUUUAUAAAUUCUAUUUAGAAAAAAAAAAUCCACUCUGGGUCUUCUUAUUGAUUCGAAAGAGGCACAGUAUUAUAAAGCGAUUAGCAUUUUAGUCAAACCACACAUUUGAUCAAUUAGAUUAAUUAAUGGGUUUAAAAGAACUCACAGCAUUAUAUAUUGAAUUGGUUGCUCCUUGAAGUGUAAGCUCAUAUCUGACAUCAGCAUAUAAUCAUAUACACUGUAUGAUGGUGAAGUUCAGUUCACAUGUUACGACUGACGCGGUCACGUGAAAGACAUAGAUUUGAUUAGUUGAUGAAAUCCCUCAGGAGAAAAUGGGAUGUACACAGUUUUAGCCCCGGGGGUCUGCAGGCUGUUGUUAAGCUACCUGAUGAAAUCAAUGGGUGCCACAGCAUCACUCUGUAUGAUAAUGACCUCUGUAGAUCUUUGUAGAUGUGACUGGUGUUUGUGCAUCUUCACGUUGUGUUUGUCGAACCCGAGCGCCUGCCCCCAUGGUGCCUCAGAGUGACAGCAGUGCCAGACUCGCACACCCUCUGCCCCCGCUUGUGUCGAACACGCUCAGACACGUACGACGUUUAACCAUUCAAUGAAAGCAAAACAACACUCUGCUUGUGUGUCUGAAAGGAGAGAAACGAUGCAUGUAAUGCUCCCGUUGCCAUAUUACACAUGGCAUGUCGUUAUUCCUUUUGUGCAAACUGGAAAAUGACGACUCUCCCUGUUGAAUUUUGUGUCUUUUUCGUGUUUGCAGCACAGGUUUGGUUUCAUUCCCAUGAGGGUGAAUACCUGCGAUCUGAUAAGUGAAGUAAAAACAGUUUUCAUAUGCUUCCCGCUCCCUCCCAUGUCUGGAAAUUAGAUUCUUUGGUCAACCACAGUCAACAAGUACACACAAGUAAAACCUGUUUCUUUGUUGGAUUGGGCGUCAGUUUUCUGACUGCAAACUCUUGAAAGAUGCAGAAAGAUGAGCUAUACUCCAACCUGUUUUAUUUAUUGUGGCCUCCGUGGUGUAUUUAUUUAUACAGUUAAAGUUGUGGUUAAUUUUUUUUAAAUAAUUUAUUGUAUGUGUCUAUAUUCAUCACAAUAUACAUUUGCUUUGUUACUUGUGUUUUUUAAUCAAUAAACAGAUUUUCUACUCGUGGUUUUUCUAACACUA